AUAAUUCUGAGCGGAACCAAAGUCGUCGCCCGGACGAUUCUCACGUUAACACUUCCUGUUUUUUUUGUUUCACAAACCAGGAAGAUGGAUUUGAUAUCAACCAAAUGGAUUAUACAUUUGUUACUUUGUGGUCUUUUUUAUGGUGUGCGCUGUAAUUCGGUUGAACAGAAAAUCUACAUCAAUCUCAACGACACUGUGCCGUGUGUCAGGUUGCUCAAUGCGACGCAUCAAAUAGGCUGCCAGUCCUCCCUAGGGGGGGACGUGGGGGUGAUCCACUUUCUGGAGUCGGAGCAGAAUUUAGAAUAUGUCCUGACCAAUGGAAACAAUCCUCCAUAUAUGGUCAUCCUGGAAUCUCACCUGUUCAACAGGGACGUCAUGAUGAAGCUGAAAAACGGCUCCAGUCGCAUUGCCGGCGUUGCCGUGAUAAAGCCCAACUCAAAUCCAGUUGGGGCCUUCUCUCCACACACCACCUGCCCCAAUGAGAACACAGGUGUCUACUCUGAGAGCUACGACCCCGCCCUGGCUCACUGCAACGGGACGAUGUGGAACCCGAAUGGGAACGGCCUCUCCUACGAGGAGUUCAGCUUCCCCAUCUUCUCCCUGAAGGACGACAACGGCACUGAGGUCAUACGACAGUGCUAUAUGGACCACAACCGGGCGGUGAACGGCAGCGUGCCCGUCUACCCGCUGUGUGCCAUGGAGCUCUCCUCCCACAUGAGCGCCGUCACCGACACGGUCACCUGCAUGCGGCGGAGCGACACCAGCGGGUUGAGCCUCAACCCGGAGCAAGUGUGCGACCCGCUGGGGAACUACAACGUGUGGGGCUCCACCAAGGGCCUGAACAACUCCGCCAGCGGGCACAGCGAGAACGAGACGGUCGUCAUCGCCGCCGCCAGGCUGGACAGCCGGGCGUUCUUCCACGGCAUCAGCCUGGGAGCGGACAGCGGCACGUCGGGCUUCAUCACGCUGCUCGCCGCCGCCGGGGCCCUCGCCAACGUCACCCGGGAGGCCCCCCCGCCACGCACCAUCCUCUACGCCUUCUUCCAGGGGGAAUCCUUCGACUACAUCGGCAGCUCGCGGAUGGUGUACGACAUGCAGGGAGAUAAAUUCCCCAUUGACCUGGACAACAUUCACUCUCUUGUGGAGAUUGGACAGGUGGGCCUUCACGCCAGCGAAGGUUUGUGGGUCCAUACUGACCCCGUCUCCAGGAGGAACGACAGUAUUGAAACAGAGGUGAAGAACCUCACUGACAUCUUCAGGUCGGUCGCUACCAGCCUGAACAUCUCAUUGGGUGAGCCCGAUGUCUCUCAGCCCCUUCCUCCCGCCUCUUUCCAGCGCUUCCUUCGAGCUCAGCCAAUCCCUGGCGUCGUCCUCACCGAUCACCGCACCAGCUUCACAAACAGCUUCUUCGAGAGCAUGUACGAUAACGCCGAGUACCUCAACCUGACGUUCCCAGCCGGCCUGACCCCAGAAGAGCAGUUCAACUACGUCACGGACACCGCCAAGGGUCUGGCGAAGGUGGCCACCCUGGCGGCGCGAACCCUCUACCGGCAGGCGGGCGGCGCCGAAGAGAGGCUGGCGGGCAUCAACGCGGACGAGCUGACGGUGGCUCACAUGCUUUACGGAUUCCUGAUCCAGACCAAGAACCCCUGGUUCGAAGCCAUAGUUAGCCCUGAGGAUCUGCCAGCACUGAGGGCCUUUCCCCCUGAGCACUACGUGGGGGUGAACUUUAACUCCAACAGCUCCACCAAACUGGUGAGCUACGUGUUCGCCAACCUCACGGGCACGGCCGUCAACGUCAGCAGGGAGAACUGCAGCAGCUCCGGCAAGUUCGAGGACGCGGCGGACAGCACAGACAUUAACUCGUACACCUGGGUGCGCGGCGUGACCCCCCCGAACGCCACGGAGCCGGCAGGGUACUGCGUCCGCUCUACGACGAGACUCGCCCGGGCCGAGUCCCCGGCCUUCCUGCUCGGAGAGUUCAACUCGUCCACCUACUCGACGUGGAGCGAGUCGCGCUGGAAGAAAAUCAACGCGCGCAUCUUCCUGGUGGCCGGCCACGACCUGGAGAUGCUGACCCUUGGCGUGGGCUUGGCCGUGCUGCUCGUCUCCCUCCUGAUCACCUUCUUCGUCAACGCCAAGGCCGACUUCCUGUUCAGCUCCGGCCGCGAGCCAGCCAACGCCACCUACUGAAGCUCCGCCCCUGCCCACUCCAACACCUCAUCGGUGGGGGGGGGGGGGCGCGAUGGGACUCGACCACGCGACCACUUGGUGCGACCUCCCUUACUACUGCUUGCACGUCCCUCUCCAGAACCCAACCUCGCUUUGAUUAGUUCUUUUUCUUCGUGUUUUCUUUUUUCUUCUUUUAUUUAUUUAAAAAUCCCGUAGGAAAUUGGCACACGGAGAAGUCGACGGAGGGUUUUUUUUAGACUAAGAUUCAGCACACGGACUCACUCAGUUGAACUGGGACGUUAUGACCGCGACGUUGAUACUGGAUCGCAUUGGAUAGGCCGGGAUGCGUUUGAUCUCAUCAGAAUAUAACACGCCACUGGUGUAACAUCUGGCGGACAUGCUCCUGUAAUUGAUCCCGUUCCCAAUGAAGUUUUUAUUUUCCAUGUUUUGUAUUUCAAUUCAUGUUUUUGUGUGUGUGUGUGUGUGUGUGUGUGUGUGUGUGUGUGUGUGUGUGUGUGUGUGUGUGUGUGUGUGUGUGUGUGUGUGUGUGUGUGUGUGUGUGUGUGUGUCAGAGAGUUAGUGAUCUGUAUAAGUGUGUGUGUUUGUGUGUGUGUGAUUUAAGAUGCUAAAAUAAACAAAUGUAAAAACGUGGAUUUGGUUGAAAACUUAAUUGUUGCACCUGACUAGGAACUUAAGAAGUUUUUUAGCAUUUUAAAAUGAAUCAUUCCGAAGACCCAAUAUAAAAAUGAUAGACGUGCCCUUUUUUUCUAUUACUUUGCAUUCAUCUUCAAUUUCAAGGGAUUAAAUGUUCAAAUGUGUUGGGAUCCUAACAUUCAAAUGUGUUGUCUUUGGUUAAGCAAUUUUUGGAAUGUUUCUAUAAUUGAUAUAAAUACUUAAAAAAAAUCAAGAUGCCACGCCAUUUAAAACGUAUUCAGGAUGUUUCAAACGAAUCAGACCCAAUGUUUAUUAUGAUGAUUUAUGCCUUAAGGCUUGACAAUAAAGCGAAUGAAUGGG